AUGGUUUUGGUGAUUCCACCCCACCAUCCCCCCAAAAAACACAAAUAUAAACAAUAUAUUCCGGUUAAUGCUCUAUCAGUUGGUAGUGGUCAUUCGAAGAGUGCUGACGUGCUGCUGCAGUCCACACUUACUAUAGCCGAUUAUUUUUACAAUCCCUCAAUUACGAUGUUGUCAAGUCAAGUGUUCGACGUUUACGAAAAACCGAUAUUUGAUGAUACAAUAAAAGGCGUUAAAGAGUUCACAUAUAGACCGUAUAUUCCGUCUUUUCUCAUUAACGAUGAAAUCACCAUUACUAUUAAUCAGAGUGAUGCAUGGCUUUUGAUGAGUCAUUUGGCUGAUGUGGAUAUGGUAUACGUAAAAGGACAAUGCAAACGUCAAUUUUUAAUCGAUAGAUUAAAUGAUAUGCAAAUUACUAAGCCCAAUAUUAUCAAUGUUGAAGAUUGUGAUUCGCGUUUAACCACCACCACCACCACAAAAUGUAAGAAAAUUGAGAAAUGUAUACCACUGUGUUUGAAUCAUGAUAGCGUAUAUGGUAUAUGUGCUCUGAAUAACUGUCUCAAAAUCAAAGAAUGGGUCUACCUAUGUAAUUCACUCAUACGUUCAAACAUGCAGCAGCAGCAGCAGCAGCAGCAGCAAGAGCUUCCGAGACAUCACAUUGAAAAUAUUCGAGUAAUUAAACAGCAAAUUCGUCAAUAUGAAGAUACAAAGCAUACACUUGAAACACUACAACGGUUAUCCAUUCAAGAUGACGAUGACGACGACGACGACGACGACGAGGCUAAAUGGAGACGAAAUGAACACAACUACAACGAUACUGCGUGGAACUAUUUUCCAUCCCCACCACCACUAAAUGAGACGCCUAAAGAAUAUACAGAUAAGCUGCCAGCAUAUAUGGUUUAUUACAUAGCUGUUUGUAUAUCGCUGCUGAUCAUCAAACUUCUAGUUUGUUUAUACCUUCCGAGCAGAAGAAAUGACAUUUGUUGUUGUUCUUCGUAA